AGUGCCUGAGGAUGUCCAAGCGGAGCCUGUUUGUUCGCCUGGUGCCGUGCCGCUGCUUGCGGGGCGAGGAGGAGACGGUAACAUUGCUGGACUACUCCCACUGCAGCCUGGAGACUGUUCCUAAGGAGAUCUUUAGCUUUGAGAAGACCUUGCAGGAACUUUACCUCGAUGCCAACCAGAUUGAGGAACUGCCCAAACAACUGUUUAACUGCCAGUUACUCCACCGACUGAGCAUGCCUGAUAAUGACCUCACCGUGUUGCCGUCAGCAAUCUCAAACCUCAUCAGUCUCAGGGAGCUUGACAUCAGCAAAAACAGCAUCCAGGAGUUUCCAGAAAACAUUAAAAACUGCAAAGUCUUGGCUAUCAUUGAAGCCAGCGUGAAUCCCAUGUCCAAGCUCCCGGAGGGGUUCACACAGCUCCUUAGUCUGACACAGCUCUACCUGAACGAUGGCUUUCUGGAGUUCUUACCAGCCAGCUUCGGCAGGUUGACAAAGCUACAGAUCCUGGAGUUGAGGGAGAACCAGUUGAAGAUUCUGCCAAAAAGCAUGCAGAAGCUUACACAGCUGGAGAGGCUGGACCUGGGGAGUAAUGAGUUCACUGAAGUGCCUGAAGCGUUGGAGCACCUGACUGGAAUCAAAGAGCUGUGGAUGGAUGGGAACAGACUGACGUUCUUACCUGGGAUGCUGGGAACGCUAAAGCAACUGAUGUAUCUGGAUGUCUCAAAAAACAACUUGGAGAUGGUGGAUGAACAAAUCUGUGGCUGUGAGAGUCUGCAGGACCUCCUGCUCUCCAACAACGCCCUCACACAGCUUCCUGGCUCUAUCGGGUCCUUGAAGAAACUGACUGCUCUAAAAGUGGAUGAAAACCAGCUGAUGUAUUUGCCAGACUCUAUUGGAGGGUUGACAUCACUUGACGAGCUAGACUGCAGUUUCAAUGAGAUCGAAGCCUUGCCUUCUUCCAUUGGUCAGUGCGUCUGCAUCCGCACCUUUGCAGCGGAUCACAACUUCCUCACCCAGCUCCCCCCUGAGAUGGGCAACUGGAAGAAUGCAACUGUUCUGUUUCUGCAUUCCAACAAGCUGGAGUCUUUGCCUGAGGAGAUGGGUGACAUGCAGAGGCUCAAAGUCAUUAAUCUGAGCAACAACAAGUUGAAAAAUCUUCCCUACAGUUUUACUAAACUGAACGAGAUGACAGCAAUGUGGCUCUCUGAAAACCAGUCAAAGCCCCUGAUUCCUCUCCAAAAAGAAGAGGAACCAGAGACUCACAAAACUGUGCUGACCAAUUACAUGUUCCCUCAACAAACCCGGGCUGAAGACUACAUUCCUAACUCUGACUCUGAGAGCUUCAAUCCGACCCUCUGGGAGGAGCAGCGCAAGCAGCGAGCUCAGGUGGCCUUCGAAUGCGAUGAGGACAAGGAUGAGAGAGAAACACCCCCAAGGGAGGGAAACCUAAAGCGCUACCCCACGCCAUAUCCAGAUGAGCUGAAGAAUAUGGUCAAGACGGCCCAAUCGGUGGCUCACCGGCUAAAGGAGGAUGAGUCCAGUGACGAAUCAAAACCAGAGAGGAACCACAUUGGAGUGCAGGACACGGGGGUUAAGGUGAUAGAGGCCCCCGUUUCUAACGGAGUGACGACAGACACUCGGACUCCAGAAUCUCCCAACACUUUUGACCUGAAUCUUUCUACAGCUGAAGAAACUUCUGAGUCUCUUAGCUCCCAUAAAAUCCCACUGAAGUCUUCGGAGGGCUCUGUAAUGAACCACGAGGACACACUAGAGGAUUCUGAGGAGCUAACAGAUGAGGAAGAGGGGAUGAAAGUGGCUGAGCUGAGACCUCCCCUAAUUGAGAUUUCCAUUAAUCAGCCUAAAGUAGUGACCCUAAGUAAGGACAAAAAAGAUGACGGGAAAGAUGCUGACUCUCUACUGGACGACACAGUAGCCAACAGCAACCAAAACAACAGUAACUGCUCGUCACCAUCACGUAUGUCCGAUUCUGUGUCUCUGACCACAGACAGCAGUCAGGACAACUCUCUGUGCACACCUGAGAGAGAGGCAAAAAUGCCUUUCCUACCAAAAGGCCGACAAGAAGAUGAGAAUAUGAACCAGUCAAAGGACACCACUCCUCUCCUUCAUAAUGGGAAUGGCUCUGAAACGUCCCUGCAGGCCAUUUUGAAAUCGCAACAGACGCCACCAGACUAUGACCUGUCAAUGGAAGCCAGACUAGCGUUCAUUGAGAAAGGAAUAAACAACGGUAUGGGAGAAACGUACAACAAGUGGGACCAGAUCAAUAUGAAUAUGACCAAGCUGCCAACCUACAACGUGGGCCAGCUGGAUGAGAUGGACAAAGUAAAGAACGGUUCAUUUCCCCAGGAGGACUUGAACAGCAAGCAGGGCUAUGGCAAUGACAACAUGGAUCACUUACAGAAUGGAAAUCCACAGGGGAACGACCACAUCAACAGUCUGGAUAACACGUGCCAAGUGAUGAGAGUAGAAACAUCUGCGGUGCAUGUGGCCUCGACAGGCGUGACUGCCAGCAGCGACAUGUCUCUGUCCCGCAGCACAGAGGAGCUGUCUCCAGAGAGAAGAUGUCACCCUCCACAGGUGAUGAAGUCCCAGAGCAUUAGCAACAUCGAAGCAGGGGGCAUGAAGCUGUACUCCUUUGAAGGGGAUUCUGACUCCUAUGACUCUGCAGUAAUGACUAGAAUGGCAGGGGCCGGCCCAGGGCCUGGAUCUCAGGGCCAGAACAUAGUCCGGAGCAAGUCUGCCAGUCAGUUACUCAGUGACCAGACUCUCCUGGUGUACCCCGGCUCGUCUACGUCCUCCUCAGACCUGCUGUCCUCUUCCAAGCCUCCUGUGAGCACCAGCAGAUAUCAAAUGUCCUCCAGCAUGAAUAUGGGGACAACCCCCCCUCAGUAUAAUAUACAAUACACAAGCAGUGCCAUUCCGAAAGAGGGUGCCUGGGCUCAGAGAGCACCCAUGCCCCCUGAGCACCAGGGCUACUUCCCCUCUCCCCCACACUCUCUAGCCAACACCAAUUAUUCAAAUCGUAACCAGGCACCUCCCUACCCCCUGCAGCCCCAGCAGAGGGGGCCGUCUAUGGCACCCAAAGGAGACUGGAGACUGGACCAAGGCCAGGCGAGAAGCAGCACUCUGCAGAGGCAAAGCAGCAUCUCCUCCACAGCCUCCAUGGGCGACCCCAGACGUAUGCAGGGUCACGAGGGGGACUACAUGACGUACAGGGACAUUCACACUCUCGCACGAGGCCCUCUGGCCAUGAGCCAGGCCUCGCAGAGGCCCCUCUCGGCUCGCACUUACAGCAUCGAUGCACCCGCAGCUUCCAGGCCUGUCAGCGCCAGGCCACAGCCCCACGAGCUUCCAGAAAGGACCAUGUCUGUCUGCGAUUUCAACUACCAGCACAUCAGCCCCAGCAAGCGGCCCAACACCAGGGUGAAGUCUGAGCACUCGCUCCUGGACGGUCCAGCACUGAUGUCGGGAGGAGUGGGCGCAGGAAGGGUGCCGGUGGACUGGAGGGAUCAGGUGAUGCGCCACAUUGAGGCCAAGAAACUGGAAAAGAAUGCGCUGUCUCGCUCCUAUAAUUCCAAUAAUUUUCCACUGAGCUGGUCUCACUACGGCAGCUGUAGGGAGAUGCAUGCCAGCCAAGGCUCCCUGGUGUUUAGUGGACAGCCCAACGGAGCCCUGAGCUUCUGUGAUGACGUUUUUGUCCCUCAAGGGCCACAAAGCUACACCAUGGACCCCCACAGAAAAGUGCCUUUGAUGAAUGGUCAGAUGGGCCCUUCUGUUCGUCCUCAGAUGAGCCAGACCUCCAUGGCUCGCCACCCUUCCAGAGAGCAGCUCAUUGACUACCUAAUGCUCAAAGUCUCCCAACAACCUCAAGGGCCCCCUCGUAUUCCAAAUGAUACACUGCAGCAAGAGAUCCGUGUGAAGGUGGAGAAGAAUCCAGAGCUGGGCUUCAGUAUUUCUGGAGGAGUGGGAGGCCGGGGAAACCCUUUUCGUCCCGACGACAAUGGUAUUUUUGUGACGAGGGUUCAACCUGAGGGACCGGCUUGCAAGGUUCUUCAGCCUGGAGAUAAAAUUAUCCAGGCAAACGGAUACAGCUUUGUGAAUAUAGAUCAUGGGAACGCAGUGUCCCUCCUGAAGACAUUUCCAACCACUGUGGAUUUAACUAUCAUACGAGAAGUGCAAGCGUAGACUCGAAUGACGUGACCUCCAGCACGGUUGGAGGAUGGUUGGCACAUGAAAGAACAAAGAAACUUACAUUGACUGUCCUAUUUUUAUACAUGAAAGAGACUGAUCUGCUGACACCUGUGGGGACUAUUUAUAGUGGGGACCUUCAGAGGUCUUCUUAACCUCGAUUAAAUGGGGAAACCACUGAAUGUAGUGGAUCUAAGUGACACCGCAUCAAAAACCUGCAAGUACGUGUCCUCAAAAGGCCGUCACUGUGGUAUAUAUAUAUUUUUUUACAAAGAAGCUGAACAUAUGAUGUGCUUUGAUGCAAAUACUGUGGUCUCUGUACAGAACAUCCUUUUUUUAACUUCUCAACCACUGAGUAUGGGUUAAGUUUAUAUCUGCAGAUGGACAGGCAAGCUGACCACGACUGGGCAGGGCUCGCUCUCUUUUUUUUUCUCACUCUCUCUGUCCUGUCGUCCAGCAUGCCUUUUUACUUUUGGACUUUUUAUUUUAGAUGUUGAAUCUCUCACCUGCAAGCUGAUGUUAUCCAGAGGAAAUUGGUACGUGUUUUUCAUGGAGAGACGAAUGUAGAUAAAGGAGGUGAUUGGUUUGUUUUUGUUCUUCUUACAUGAUCGAAGAGUUGAGAGGAGAUAGCCCUCCACCUUCAUUUCUAGAAACCUGUAAACAUCCCAAAACACACAGACACCUCCCUCCUACUCAGUGCCCAGUGUAGCUAGACCCAUUCACACGAAACCAUCUAGAAAUCACAACAUGAGAAUUCCCCUGAGAUGGCAGGAGGUCGAAGAAAUGCACUCUUUAUGUUUUUAUUUUAUAAGGCAGGAAAACAGACAGGAACUUAACCUGUUUGGGGGGCAAGGGGGGGUUAAGUGGCACAAGUGUGAAACAUUUAAAACAAGGGAUAAUGGGCAAUUUGUUUUAGUUAAAGUGAUUGUCCAGUUUAUUACAUUAGCUACCCUACUAGUUCUCAGUUAAGAAUCUGUCAAAUAAUUUCCCGAAUGUCUGAAUUAUUCAGAUUAUGUGUUGGAUAUGCUAAUGUUUAAAGCAAGCAUGGGAAUUGAGGACAGAAAGCUUAAAGCCAGGGAGGAAACCGUAUAAAGAUAUUUGCAUAAGAAUCAUAUUUUAAUUGUGACUUCAUCAUUCAGGCUGCCAUCAGUGUGUUUAGCAGCUAUCAGUUGUAUUUUCCACAUGGGAGAAGACCACAGGUUGCCUUUUCUGUCUAUUAAGUGUUCAUUUUGCUUGUUAUCACUUUGGAGCAUUUUUGUUUCGUUUUCUCACUGUACAGAGGAGAGAAUUGGGAGAUACAAAUUGUCAAAGUGCCAUAGACCUUGAACUGUUUGAGCAGGGGAGGAUGUUUGACCCCAAAACCCAAGCAAUACUCACAUAUUCACAACCAGUUUGAUUACAUUUGCAGCUCAAUGGCUUGCAAGCAAUAUUUAAAGCCUUUAUUUUCAUUCACUGAUCACCAUUUUUCAAACAAAAAGCAACCUAUUUUACAUUGUUUUUAUAUUGUGAAAAGAAACCUUUUGUAAUUUAAAUAGCACAGGAAACAGAAAUGGUAAUGCUUAAAGGAACUCUGCAUUGUCCAACGGUGAACGUUUUGUCACUAUGCCUGAGACUUUUUACCAUCUGUUGUGUAGAGUACCAGAUCUGUGGAUAUUUUUAUGUGUUAAAUUAUCCACUCAAAUCUGCAUCUCAAAACAUCCAUGGAGAAGCUGGGAGAAGCCAUGUGAUCUCCGGCACAGCAGAGUGACACGUUUCCAACAAAGAGACAAAAAAAAAGCGAAAUGAUUAAAUUCCUGUGCCAAGUGGAAGCGUGUUGAAACUCCAGCGGCAUGUUUAGAAGCAGCGAGUUGCUGGCACGUCUGAAUAUGACAGCAUUUAUCCUGCAGAGAUGGAACAAACCGCAUUCCCCCAACUUGUUGACAGCAGAAGGUGUCAUCUGCUGUGUAUGUAACAAAGUUUGGCUCGUGUUCCAUGCUUGUGGCACUGGCAUACCAAAAGGAAAACACUGUGGAGAUUAGCUAAAUUUAAAUUCCUGCAAUAAUUGUGCUGUUGAAAGGUAGCAGUUCUUACUGAAGCUGUACUUUUUUUUUCUUUUGGUUUUUGAUAUCAGUCCAGGAUUGAUCCUUUUAUUUUUUCUUAAGUGACAAACAUGACAAAGUGCAUUUCCCAAACUUUUCACACAUUGUAUUUUACACAAAUGAAAUUGAUUAUAUUUGUUUUUAAUCUGUCACUGUUUUCUGUUGUUGUUUUUUAAGCCUUGGGGAGGGAUGGGGUGAUUUUACUUGGACUCAUUGGUCACUUUAUGUUCAUGGACAACAGAUGUCUUGACGUUCUAGACAAUCUAGGGAGAUAAUGUUUUCACUUUUUCUUCAUCCAUGUUGGUUUGUUAAGCUCCCACUUUGUAUUUAUUUAGCACACAUAUGUGGAUUUUAGACCUUACUAAUCAAAUUGUAAAUACUCCCCAAAAAAAGUCUUAGAGUUAAUAAAAGGCAUUAGGGACUUGCGAUUGUAAAACCAGCAAUAAAUUCCAAUGCAGAGGCACCCAUUUGGAUGUAAAGCUAGUAUAUCUUAAGUUUCCCUAGAAACAGUCAGUGAGAUGAUUGAUAUGCAUUUAUCAACAUUCCAGAUUUUGUACAUAGAUACAUGUUUCAGAAGUAACCUGUGGACAAUAAACUAAUGCUGUUUAACAGUGA